AUGGCACGAGGUGGAGUCAGUACAUUCAGGCGCGAGCAGGCAGAUACAGAUUGGGUCCUUGAUGUGAAAGUCCAGGCAACACAAUCUAAGAGACUAAGUUCCGCCAGCAAGACCAAUCACAAUUACAAUGGCAAUACCACCCUCAGCCGGUUCAACCCAUUGGGCGACCAACAUGAAGAAGGGGAGGCCACCUCAUCUGAAGACGAUAUUUGGAACGUCGCCCAAACCAGCGGGCGGCAGACUUUCGGCACGUUUCGGAAGUCGAUAUCGAGGAGUACAGCCACUGCCCAGACAGAUCAGAUUCACGCGGAUGGUGACGAAGAUCUGAGCUCUGCCUCGGACGCUGACGAACAUUCUGGUUCUGAUGAUGAGUCCGGAUCAGAUAACUCUUCGGACCGUCACAGUGCGCGCCGGCACCAAACCCCCACAGGUCAUGGCAAAGGUCGGUCGCAUCCGACGAGGGACAUCAACUCUGACGAAGAAAUGCAUCAUGUCCGCCAGGCGAUCGAGCAAAAGCACCGGAACAUGCGAGGCACAGCUAUGGAGUACCCGAAGUCUAAGCAGGGGAAUAAGAGGAAGGGGAGAGACCAGGGAAGCUACAAGAAGAGGAAGAAAGCCAGAAAGACGAUCUGA